CUUCCCCUGUUCAAGGGACGUCACUCUGCAUAAUAAAUGCUAAUUUUUAAUUUCCUGCGUGUGUUGAACAAAAAUAUUGAAACACUUGUAAUGGCUCUGAGUUUAGAUGACCAACUGCUUGGCGAAAAGGUUGAAAACUACUGCAGUAGCAGUGAAGAUGAAGGAGAAGAGGGAGAAAAGUCUGGUGUAGAGCAAAGACCACAAUUCAUUCCUGAAAACCAGACUGAGUACAAUGGAAGAUGCACUAACACUGGACCGAAAGGAGUACUAAAUGACUGGAGAGAGUUCAAACGUCUUGAAACCGAGCAGCGUGAAGAGCAGGAAAGGGAACGUCAACAGUUGAUGAAAAAGUUACAGAUAACUUGCAGAUCACAUCUUAAUGAUGAAGAGGAGAAGAAAAAAGAUGACUUUAUCGUGCAGCAUCUUGACGAGAUUGAUGAGGAGUUUUUACGACAGUACCGCAAAAAACGAAUUGAAGAAAUGAGAAAAGCUCUUCAAACAACACCGAAGUUUGGACAAGUCAUUUCAUUAGAAAAGUCAAAUUUUAUAGAUGCUAUUGACAAAGAGAAACAAGGGGUUAAAGUUAUCGUACAUGUGUAUGAAGACAGUGUCGAAGCCUGUGAAUCAAUGAAUGGCUGCCUUAAAUGUUUAGCUGAGAAAUACACCAACAUAAAGUUCUGUAAAAUUAAAGCUACAGAGGCACAUCUCAGUAAGAAAUUCUCUGUAAAUGGUGUACCGGCAUUGUUGAUUUACAAGAAUGGAGACCUUAUUGGCAAUUAUAUUCGUUUAUCCGAUGAGCUUGGUGAAGAUUUUUAUGCAAUAGAUGUGGAAAGUUUCCUCCAAGAACACGGAAUGUUGCCGCAGAUUGAAACCAAGGCUAUACGGGACAAGAAUACGGGAGAACUCCGAGCAGUAUUACAAGACGAUGAAGAAAGUGAUUUAGAUGUUGACUGAUCACACUCUCUUCAAUGUAACAUUGUCUUUGGUGUAACAUGAUCGUGUUUGUCUAAUAUAACCAGCUAUUUUUUUUUUCAGUGUAACAAAGUACAUUCAAUUUUGUGUGUAUAAGACUUAGUGUCAGGUGUAAUAAUCAGUAUCGUGUUAUGACACAAAUGAAGGGCAAUCUUCAAACAUUAAAGACUUCACACAUUUAACAUUGAUGCUGUUUUAAAUAUAACCAAGUUGUAGAGUUCUUCCUUAACCUUUAACCUGCUAAAUUUCUAAUGUGGACUGGUCCAUGAUUCAAUUUUGGCAGUACAACUUAUUAUUUAAAGGUGUUUCCUAAAAAAUUUAUUGACUGAAUAGCAAGACACUGCAGAUCAAGAUUAGCCUGCACCGACACUGGUCACGAUGGCAGAAUCACUUGUUACCAGCAAGCUAAAGGUUAAUGAAUCAUGUUGAAAAGAUUUAAAAUUAAUACAUUUAAUCAUACCUACAAUUUUUGAGAUCUCGACUCCACACUUACAGGGAAAGGCAAUUUUGUCUUUAUGUUAUUUCCAUCUGCUAGAAUUUCUUAAAUCAUUUACAGAAGUGAAAGCAUUUUCAAAGUCAAAUUAAAAAGUUAUGAGCAUUUGAAUAUUUGAUAAAAAUAGUGGCCAUUUUGUUUCCAUGGUGGCAGAAAAUAAAGUGGCGGAUUGAUUAAAUUUCUAGAUACAUAUUUAAAAGUUCUGUAUUUCCGUAUUUCUGUUAAAUAAAUUUUCUAUUUCUUACCGCUAUAAUGAAAGAAAUUACCAUGUUUUACAUCUAAAAUUCAUGAAACAUUCAAAUAGUGGUCCAGUCAGCGUUAUGAAAGGCUUAAGGAAAGCUUUCAUAUAAAAUCAACUUAUUGUCAGGUUUUAACGUUGUUUUGUUUUGUUGUCUCUGUCAAAGGUUAUUCUGUUUCAGUAAAUUUAGACAUACUAUUUACUGUGCAUAACUUAAUAACCAUUCAACUUUUAACAUGGCAAUGACAUGAUGUGCAGAGCGCAUGAACCAUGUCAGUAAGUUAAAGGUCAAGGUCACAGCAAGGUCGAACCUGUCAGUUUUUGUGUCCAGAACAUAUCUUAAUAACCAUUCAAGGUAUUGACUUUAAACUU